CGCUGUUGUGUUGUGGUGCACCAGGAAGAGCGGAUCAGUCAGUGAGUGGAUGAGGGAGCGGUGUGAGCUCUCUGAGCUGAGCUAACAUGUUCCUGACCAUUACCGUGCUCGCUGCCUGUCUGCUGCUCCCUGAGGUCGAGCCCCAGAAUCUCGCGAUCACGGGGGAGAGUUCGAUUAACGUGACCGUCGGAGACACCGCAAACUUUACCGUGAAGCCGUCCGCUGCCGUGAGGAAUGGGAACUGGGAAUUCACUGGCAAGAAUAUUGGCCUGUGGAUCGGUUCAUCUGCUUCUAUCAGCAAUGAGUAUCAGUCCAGGGCUGUGAUUCUCACACCCAAUGGAUCUCUGGUGUUGAAGUCAGUGACAAGCUCAGACAGUGGGGAGUACACUGUUACCAUGGUCCCCGAGGUAGGGGCUCAAGCAUCGAAGACUAUCACCCUACAUGUACUUGAAUCUAUCUCUGAGCCUAUCGUCUCAUCAGACAACGUAAGUCCCGUAGAACACAAUGAUACGGUGACUCUGAAAUGCACUGCUUCAGGGCCAGUACAAUCAUAUUACUGGCUUAGAGGAGAUGCCAUUGUCAAUAAUGGUGAUAGAAUUGUUCUCAGUCAAAGUAAUGAAACCCUCACUGUGUCUGGAGUUUUGAGGACAGACGGAGGAUUUAUAUGCCAUGCAUAUAAUGCAAUUGAUUGGAGCAGAAGUGAGCCGUAUUAUCUAAACGUUAGCUAUGGACCGGAAUCUCUAAAUAUAUCCAUCAACCCACAACAUGAUUUAUACAUUUUGGGGUCAAAUGUGAUUUUUACCUGUUCUGCCAUUUCAAAACCCGUUUCUGAAUUUCAGUGGUACCUUAACGGGAAUUCACUUCAUAAAUAUGGACAGCAGCUAAUCAUUUCUGAUAUAACCUUGAAUAACACUGGUAUCUACACUUGUGAAGCCUUUAAUACUGUGACCAAAAGAUACAGCACAACAAUGAGGGAUAUCAUUGUGGUCGAACCUGUUUCUAAGCCCUCUAUGUCAUCCAAUAACACCAACCCAGUAGAACAUGACACAGUGGUUCUGACGUGCCAUGCUUCAGGGACAGCAGUUUCAUAUCGGUGGCUAAAAGAUAAUGAAACUAUUGAGGCCAGUGACAGGUUUGGUCUGAGUAGUGAUAACAGCACCUUGACCGUGUUCGGAGUCUUGAGAUCUGAUGAAGAGUUCAUAUGUUACGGUUACAACAUGAUUAAUGAAAACGCAAGUGAUCCUUAUCUACUUAAUAUUAACUAUGGACCAGAAUCCAUUAAUGUAUCCGUCGAUCCACAACCUCACUUGCACACCUUGGGCUUGAGUGUAAACACUUCCUGUUCUCUCGAUUCAAAUCUCACUUCCGAGUACCAUAAUACUACUCAGUAUUAUGAAGAGCAGCUAAACCUUGAUGAUAUGUCCUUAAAUGACACUAGUAACUGCAGCUGCGAGACUUUAAACAAUGCAACAGAGCAAAAUAGCAUGACAACAACAGAAAUGGUGGUCUUGGUAGAACCUGUGUCCAAGCCUAAGGUUACUGCUAAUGCUACAAACCCAGUAGAAUUCAAUGACACCGUGGCUCUGACUUGCAUCGCAUCAGGUACAGCAGUUUCAUAUCAAUGGCUUGAGGAAAAUAGCACUAUUACUCCCAAUGACAGGAUUGCCCUAAGCGAUGAUAACAGCAGCCUCACUAUAUCUGGAGUGUUACGGUCCGAUGGAGGAUUCACAUGCUAUGCAUUCAACACCAUUAACGGGAUGACAAGUGACCCGUACCAUCUAAAUGUUAGCUAUGGACCGGAUGGCCCUAAAAUAUCCAUUAAUCCUGAUUUGUCCAUUUACCCCGCUGGAAGAGCAGUUACUUUUACAUGUUCUGUGGACUCAAACCCACCUGCAGAAAUGGAAUGGCUCCACAAUGAAACUUCUCUUCAACAGAAAGGGCGUGAGCUAAUUAUUGCUAGCAUUUCGUUGAAUCAAAGUGGAACUUAUACGUGUCAGGCCUUUAACAUUUUAACACAAAGAUACAGUGUCUCAACUAAGCCAAUAAUUGUCGUAGUGCCAGUUUCUAACGUCAAAGUAUCGUCCAACAAUUCGGUGCCAGUAGAAAGCCUCAAUGCCAUUUUACUGACUUGUGAGGCCGAGGGCUCUAUACAAUCAAGGAUAUGGUAUAAGGGUAACAGCCUUCUCAAGGACAGUGACGGAAUAAAAAUCUCUCAGGAGAAAGAGACACUGACUAUAAUCAGUGCUGACAGAAACGACUCUGGAACAUAUACAUGUCAAGUCAUUGGUAUCACUAACAAUGCAUCUGGAAGUUUUGACCUGAAAAUUAAUUAUGGACCAGAGGCAGUCACUGUUGAACCCCCGGGGCCAAGUCACCUAGAACUGGGGCAAUCGAUUACAUUACGUUGCUCUGCCCAAUCCGUCCCUUCAGCUGCCUAUAGAUGGUCCAAUGGUAAUGGGCUGUUAGACAGCGGACAAACGUACAACAUUGAAUCGACAAAGGAAAGUCCAGGUGGGAAUUAUACCUGUGAGGCUUAUAACAACAUAACCAAACAAACCAAAAGUGCUACUAUAGAGGUAACUAUUGAAGAAAAGGCCAUAAAAAGCGAAACGUUGUCUGCUGGUGCCAUAGCUGGCAUCGUGAUUGCAAUUCUCGCCGUUCCUGUUAUUGGGGGAACUGCGUGGUUUGUCAAAAAGAAGUUAAGCAGGGGAAAAGGUGGAUCCCAACAAAAGAAUAGCAAAUCAGCUUCGUCUGGAAGUGGACCAGCGGCAUCUAGCAAUGGGACCAAUCCAGAAAACAUGAAGACAUCAGGGACAGAUGUUGUUUAUUCCCAACCGAACAUUAACCCUUUGCACGCAACAGCUCCACCUGAACUGACUGAUAGCAAUAAGACUGCCUAUGCCGAACUGAAGUUCACAUGAGUUUGUAUUUGAAGGAAAGAGUGUAUAUAAUUAUAAUCACUUAUCCACCUUAAACGUAAUACAGAUGCUUGGAUGUAUGCUGAGACUUUCAGUGUCCAGCUUCUCAAGAACAAAAGCUAACAGACUUUUACAAAAGGAAGGCAUCCAGCAAAUUUAGUUUUCUAUUUUUUUUAAGAAAAUGAUUCCCCUAAAGGGACAGAAUUAUUAAGUAAUAGUUACUGCAAGUCUGCGUCAUAAACUCAGGCUUAAAUUGUUGGAUGGAGAAAACCAAUGAAUCAAUUCUUUCCUUCCAAAGUGCUAGGCCCGCAACAGUAAACACAAAUAUCUAUUUUCUUA